GUAUCCUUCGCUUAAAAUGAUGUAACACUUCUCUAAAUGGUUUUGUUACACCUUGAAAAUAUUAUGUGUAGAUUGUAUUAAAGCUGCCCGUUGAAACUUGUCAGAACUUAUUUUGUACCACUACCAUGUAACGAAUAUUGUGAAUGAGUGUAACAUUAUUAUCAUUAUUAUAAGGCCUUAUCGGACAGCAAUAACUACUAGCAUUAUGUCACCCGGGUAAAAUCCCCACGUGUGUGUGUAUAUGCAUGCUUUUGUACUGGAAUUUUUAUUUAGUUCUGUUUUGCUGGCUACAGCAUUUCCUCCUAGUGCAACCUCAUCUGCACAGACAAUGCCGCUUUCACACCAUUGAAUACUCCAUUUGGGUUGUUGGAGUUGAAAGCCCCUUCUAUGGUGGAAUAUUCCAUACAACAACUUCAGGAAACGAAUUACUUCGUGUGCGUGGACGGCCUAAUUAUUUACAACUUGACAAAAUAUAUCCAGUUAGAAAUAAACAAUAAAUUAUGUUUAAUUAUAACGGGAAAUACAUUAAAACACAUAAACAUGUUGCAAAUCUAUGCAAACGGAAUCUGGGAAUCCGCAUUAGAGAAAAAUAUGUCUGUAUUUUCAUAAGAAUGUAUUUAGUAUGAAGUAAUACUCUUGAAUGAUUCGUGGCAUUUAGAGCUCGAUGAAUAUCGUUAAAUAAUACAAAAAAAUAAGGAUUGCAUAUUGUAUAACAUCUUCUGAAAUACAAUGCAGGUGCGAUGUCAAAUGCAUCAAUUAAACAAUGUGUUAUUGAUUAAUUUCAACAGCAUUAUCGAUUGGUAGAGCUAACAAUAAAGAGGUAUGCAUGCCGUAGACAUAAGCCAACGCAUACCUGUCGGUAAGUUAUUGUGAUAAGGUCAGCAUAGAAUGCAUUGUCGCCAUAUCUUAUGUGAGAUCAUUCUCUGUAGAUACUGACAUGGUGUGUUGAUGAGAGGAUGACAUGUUGUUUCCAUUAUAUUCGUGUAUGCUUUCAAUUGUUAUAUCUUCCGCACAGAUCAUUCAAUCAAUUCAUCAGCAGUGUUGUUCAUUCAACUGAUUCACUAAUGCAAGAUCGAUUGAAAGCUGCUCAGCUUGCAAUUGCGACAGUGCACCAAUAAUGCAUACCUUUGUUUCAUCAUUGAUACUAGUCGAGUUCUGUUCCAUUUUAAUGAUUUCACAAUGGUAUGCUCAAUGUUGACAGUUCCAAAUGUGUCUUGAGGUUUUUGCCAAUAAUGAACUAUAAUGCAUGCUUGAGCUAGUUAGCACGGUUCUUCCCAUUUUUGUUUAAUCUUUAUUUGAUAAUAUAGGCUGUUUAACCCUGAUUCGUAUCCUCCUUGACACUGGUCUAGAUAUUAAACUCUGGGAUUCCAAAGGCAUUGAUGGAUUAGUUUAGACGGACAGGUAUUUUGAAGAACUCUCCUGAGUGACCUCCUAUAGUUGAUGACUGUUUCGUUUGUUUACUUUUCGUCUGUGCAAAGCAUGUAAUCCACAACUAAUAACAACAAGUCAUAAACAAAGAUUAAAAAAUAGAAUUGAUCUUAUUUCUAAAACAAUGGACUGAGAGUCUCAAUAUAUUAUGUGUUUGGAGAACGAACCAUUUAAUUCUACCGUUUACAUUGAGUUGUGUGGGUUUUUUUUAUCCAGUGCAGUACUUUCUUUUUGAUACCAUAAAACUCGAGUUUGUUCAGAAGUGGUUCAUGUGACAUCAAACUCUAAAUACAUCAUAUUCCUUCAUGAUCUCUAGUUGCUGGGUAACGCCCGAUUGUUUUGAGUUGGAACCAUAUUACAAUCUGUAAAUAAGUUUGUUUUGUUCAUAGGUUUAAGAACUGUAUCCCUUACUAUUGAAUCCUGCUUUUCUGUGAAUAUAUUCAGUUUAUAUAUUUUCCCCCAGACAUGCAUGUCAUCAUACCGUGCGGCUGCCUGGGAAAGGAAACCCAGACGCCAGAUUUGUUUUGUUUACAAAUUUCUUUGAAGUGUGUUAUAGAUAUUCAUAUAUUCAUUCUUUCAACCUCACUUUCCUGCUCUCUGUAUAAAUGUAAAAGUGAUCAAUAAAUCUCUUAGCAUAAGUAUUUUGUUGUAUGCAUAAAACAACAAGAUAAUAAAAUAAGCCGUACAAUGUAGUUAAUACCUUUUUUACACGUUUCUUUUUAGUCAUCUUGCAGGGGCAUCAGCGUUUCACGGACAACUUUCAUCAAACAGUAGUGCACGAGACUUUAGUGUUGUCCCUCUACUAAGACGUCUGCUACUACCGGUAUUGUAUAAGCAUCGGUUAGGUAUUUUCCGGAUAUUAUUUUUGCAGUCUAUGUUACUAAUAUUAUAAUUUCUACUUCCGGAUAAAAUAAAACGCCCAACCGUGAAAGGAGCUUUGCUAUUUGGAACUGUCAGUCGGACUAAGUAAUAACACUUCAAGUUAAAUAUUUGUGAAAAGGACAAUCAUCUGCAGUUGUCACAAAAGCACAGCAAUGGAAGCAGACAGAGACUUUGGAAAGAACUGGCUCAACCCUGUCACGACGACCAGACGAAAUGACACAAGUGCAUCCAACGACCAUAGUUCUGACGUAAGUACGGAGCAGAAAUAUGUGGCUGUCAUUGGUGCAGGUGUGUCGGGACUGUGUGCAAUCAAACACCUUCUUACAAAACAAGGACAAUUCAAGCCAACGGCAUUUGAAAGGAACUCCCGCAUUGGUGGAACAUGGGCUUACAGUGAAAGCACUGUUGAUGCGUUUGGUUUGCCAGAACACUCUUGUCUUUACAAAAAUCUAUGGUCCAACAACCCCAAGCAACUGCUCACGUUUCAGGGCUUCCCACAUGACCAGUCAGGAAGAUCCUAUAUUGACCACAAUGCUGUAUUAAAGUACCUUGAAGAUUUCAGUCAACAUAAUAGUCUUGCCGACUUUAUACAGGUAACUAACUUUAACUGUGGUGUGAUAAUAACGACAUUACACAGGGAGCCAGCCUACAUCCGUGAGAUGUGUAUUUUGAAUGAGAACUUGACCGCAGGCUGUUCAGAUGUGACAAUGAUGCAGAUACGUACAUUCCAAUACAUGUUUGAACAACUUGUUAUGAGUUCACCCACUUGUUCAUGGAUGGUUACCGAGGACGUGCGAAAGGGUUCAGAUCGACUUUUGGCGGGUGGUGAUAUGAUUAAUGAGGAUGGUGUCAUACAGGUUCUUCAAGAUCAGAUGAGAUCCUGGCAGGAAGCUGUUCUGGGUUCUGUCAAAGCCAUGCAGGAUGCCUAUAUGGUUGGUGAUAUGAGAAAUGACAAGGAUGAGGAAGAUCGAAAGGCCGACGACAUGGAUGAGGAAGAUCGUGAGAAAGAUGAAAUGGAUAAAGAAGACUGCCGUCCUAGAGGGGCUACCGAGUGUUACCUUACAGCUAUUUCUACUGUUACAGCAGAAGAUUGGGUUGGACCAUCAUUUGAUAACUUCUGUCGUAAGUUAGAGGGCAUGUAUGGUUGCAUGAAGAAGGAGAUGGCUGGCUGUAUGGAAUGGCAGCAGGUCAUGGUUAGGAAGCUAUACAGCGAAACACACUUUUACUACAACAGCGUGUGUGAAGAAGACAAGAUGGCCUACAUGGCUGAGGACAGUGAUAAAUAUGCGUUUGCGAUAAGAGGUUACCUACUCUCCACUGAAGGCUGUGAUUGGGCCAAGUCAAUGGUCUUUAAAAUGAUGGCCAAUCACACAAUGAGGAAGAUGGGCGAUAAGUGUCAAGUCCAUGUGGAAGAGCACUGUCGUGAUCAACGCUCGUGUGAUCCCGUGGCCAUCACCAGAUGUUACCGCCCUAUCCAGCUACACGUGGCCGCUAUCAUAGACGACAAACUACCAGCCAAUGUGCACGUCUGCGAACAACUUGCCGUGGCAGCUAAGUGUGUAGAGAGACUGCAUUGUGACGAGCGCACAAUGUACCGUGUCCACGAGACCAUGGAGCCGGCCCUGUCCAAGCUAACCAAGAUGUGUUACAAGAUGCCAGUACAAACCUGUAUUACCAGUUCCAUGUGGAAGAUGGCUGCCAUCGUCUUGCUGAAUAAGAAAACUUACGAGACUAGUUAUGCAUUGGGUUAUAUGAAGAUGCACAUGUACGACGAUAGAAUGAAUAUGAGCAGAAAUAACACCACUUCCGCAAAUACAACCAAACCUGAUGAUGUAAUGAACGAUGGAAAAUGGUCCGAGGAGGGUAUGGCUAAAGCUCUGAUGACACUCCAACACAUCCUCAGUAGAGACAAUGGGUGUAGUAAAGAUAUGGAGGUUGAUGGAGAUCUGGCCACGGGGUUGAAAUACCUCGUACGAUAUGCCUUCAUGUACGAAAAAAUGGUAGAGACUGACGAAAAUUUCAUGAACAUGAUGACACUAGCUAUGGCCGGAGAACUAAGGAAUGCUGUAGGUGAUUCUGUUGGCGGGGACUUCGGCUCAAACAAUCAAGAGUUGGGCGACCUGAUCAAGAUGGUUAGAGACCGAUUUGACGACAGAGAAAACAUGACGAGGAAUAAUAUGACCAUGCAUGGUAACACGACGAGGAACAACGCGACCGUACCUGGGUACAAUAUGACGGCGCCGAGAAGUAAUACCAGCAUGGAAAUGGACUGGAAGCUGAGAGAUGUUAUUGGCAGGAUAAUCACCCACCUGAUUGUCUAUGGCAACAGUGAUACUUUCAUGCAGGUCGAGACACACAAGGUCGUUAAAGCUAAAAUGAUGAAAGCUAUAGAAAUGGCCAAAAUGCGGGGCAAUGACCUUGAACUUGAAGAAAGAGAUGAAGACGCCUUUGAACGACUGGAUUUGAACUUAGGCAAAGAUCUUGAAAAUGCUGUUGACUGGGAGAUGAUGAAUAUUCUGAAGACGGUGUAUGAUGUUGCAAUGCUAGAGAGUUCCAACCUUACCAUGAACCACACGAUGGAGCUGCUAGAGAUGGCCCAGCACAUCCAUGCCUACAGGAAGCAAGAGCUGUGUAUGUCCAUGGUUGGGGCCUGGCAGUGUACCUCUAGUACCCUAAUGCUGUUGCCGGAGUCUGUUCGUGGCAUGGUCAACCAGACACUCAACUCCCUCUACAGUAUUACUGGACACUUCUGUGAAGAGUUGAAAUGCUAUAGCUGUGACAAUUUCCACGACAACGAGGCCUGUAACAAACAAGCCAUGGUGACAUGUAAACCCGGCCAGGUAUGCUUCACUCAUGUCGACAACGGUGAGAUGAAGAAGGGAUGUGCUGCCCCUGCUAUGGGAGACUGGCAGAAAGAUAAGGAGAUGUACAGUACCUGUAUGGGACACGGAUGUAACCAUCCUAAAUUCGGAACCAGGAAAGAAGCAGAGAAUGAAAUGUGCCAGCCAUUCAAAGCCAUUGGAUGUAUGUAUGAACUACUACCCACCAUGCUACAGGGACAGGAAGUUGAUUACAGGGAGGCGUACAAGGCAUUCCACUGUAUGGAGUCCUAUACCUCUAGCUGUAUCAUGGAGGAGCACAGAGAGCUCAGUCGUAUGGCUCAGCGGGUCAAGGUCGCAAUGACUGAUGGACAGUGCUCUCAGCCUGACUUCGUACACACUUGUGGCCUUUCGUCCAUCCUUGAACUUGCCGACCUCGUAAAAACUCCAGCAGCUAGCAGGAAAACUAUCUGCACCACGCUGAACCAGACUGUGAGCAACGUUAUGCUUGCCAAUUACUGGAACCAGUGCACAGAAUAUGAGAUGGUUAUGACCUAUAAUGAAUUAAAUAUGAUAAGCUCAGUGAUUGGCCCAGACUUCUGUCCGGGAAUCGAUCCCCGCAACCCACAGAAAUGUGCAGAAGAACGCGCAAAACUCCCACCCAUGUGCAAUUUGGAGGAGGCCAUUGGUAAAUGUCUUUAUGAAGCAGACGUAUUGCACAAGAUGGUAGAAAUUCUCGGAGACCCUGAAGAAUGGAGAGACAUGGACUUCUUGUGCAGUCGCCUUGAACAUAUGCUUGGAUGUGUCGGAAACUAUACGUCAAGUUGUGAUGACGCCCAGAUGCAAUAUGUUCACCAGAUCGUUGGGGAACGUAUUGGCAAAGCAAUCCCUCACUGUCCUUCCCUAAAUAUCGAGUUAGCUAUGUGUGAUGCUACGCCAUUGUCAGAAUACAAUUGUAUGAUCUAUGAGGGAAUAGAAGCCUGCUUGCAGCCAACAGAGGUUUACAAAAACCCCUACAACCUAUGCAGCAUGAAUGAGACCAUGUUCGAUGACGUUCUCACGUGUCUGCACGGUUACACUAAGCACUGCACGGCAGUCCAGGCCCUUCCUGUAACAUAUAUUGUACAGAACUAUAUGGCACAAUCCUUGAUCCUGUGCGGAAACCACAGCAUGGCAACGGAGAUCGCACAGGGCAUUACCAACCAUGAACAGGGCGUUGCCAUGGAAACUAUGAUGAACAUGAUGAUGGGGAAGGCUUCGGGCAUGAUGCAGGAUAACGAAGAUGCACCCAUCACCUCCCUUGUCAAUGUCAUCCUGUCACUGAAGACCAAGAUAACAAUGACUGGCAACGUGACCGACAUGUUAAUGGCAUUGAUGAAUGAAAUGGGCGAGGACAAGGAGGAGGGUAUGAAAGGUCCUUCAGACAAGACCAACCUCAUGUCAAUGAUGAAGGUCAGCAUGGGUAUGGCUAUGCACGUUUCGGGAUUAGACACAAAGAGAAUAUACCACACUGACGUAACCCAUGAUGUGGCUCGCUGUGUCUCGCAGUACUCAAUGGCUGUCCAGAGGCUGCUUCUCUACCCCGAAGUCUCGCACCAACUGGCAUGUGAGGGCAAGGCUGUAUUCCGGAAAUGUUUGAAAAAACUUCAACUUCCUCCGGUCGCUAACAUGUUUGUGAUGGCCCUGGAAAGCAAGGUAGCUAUGGAGUCUGAACGAGAUUGUAAUUACUAUCUAGAUGAUGUCAUGCUUCUUGGAAGAGAUAUCGCUAAUGUGACGUCCCAUAUGAGGAUGAUCAUAAACGCAACCGGAGCUUACGAGAAUGCUACGGCUGCUGCCAUCGCUCUGAAGCUGAACACUACAAUUUUACAACGUGCCAACCUGACGAAGGAGGAGCGUGACCUCAUCACAAUCAUCAUUGGAAUGAUGUCCAAUAUGACGUCUAGGAACAGGUCUAUGGAUGGUCUUGAGGACGCACCAAAGGAAGUCGUGAUGACCUUGAUCAAGGGUGUGGUGUCACAGUUCCACGAAAUUGUUACUGUGACUUCCGACUGUAACGCUUGGAUGAUUUCGCAGCACAUCACGUUUGCCUAUAUGCAGGUCUUGACAGGGGCCUUUUACCCUUACUCCCAGUAUCCAGGCAUGUGCAGUAACCUUAAAACAGUGUACGAAACUUUGAAACCCGAGGUCCUCAAGUGUCCUGUAAACUACCAGGUCAUGUACGAUCGAGCCCUCACGUUCCUGCACUCCGAGACGAGCGAGAUCUGUGACCUGCCUUACAUAGAUAACACACCACCCACCACAUGUAAUGCCGAACUUGUCAGUCAUUGCAUUGUGGAUCUCAUGCCCUUGCUGUCGACUGCUGGGACUGAACGCAAGAGGCUGUGCAUGGCUGUUGAGCAGGCUUCCCUAUGCAUGGCAUAUGGCCUUCGACAUUGUAACGAUACCCAGUCAUUGGCCCCGUACCUUCAAUUUGAACACAUCAAGUCGAUUGUAGCCGACAGUUGUCCCUUCCUCACGGCUUCGAUGCAGUGCUUCAAUAACGACGAUAUCAUUACGGGAAAUACCCAGCUCUGUAAUGUAACGAUGCCUUCGAAAAUUCCCGAUAUGAUGAACUGUUUGUACCGGUACACGCUAAACUGCAGUGCUUUAGAAAUGACUGUAGCGUAUACCCACUUACACAUUGUACUGGAGGAUAUCGUAAACGUCUGUAACAAUGACAGCAUGAUAAGUGCGUACCGCGAGGCGACAAAAUCCGACACGUGUAACCAGGCAGAGCAGUGCACAAUAACACAAGUGGCUGCCCGGUGUGGAACUCUUAUCCCUGAUUCAUUUUCAUCAUGCAGUUCAUUCAACAAUUUGAACACCUGUUUGACUGGCCUGAUCAAGGGCUGCAACACCUUGCAGUUAACCAUGGUACAUACAGGAUUAAGUUCGAUGCUAUCUAACGCCCAAAUGGCUUGUAUAGAUGUUGUACCUCUCACAUCAAUGAUUCAAUAUGAGAAGGAUGCAGCCAGAUCCGUCAUCGCUUGUGUAAAUAACUACACCCUGGAAAUGACCUCGGCACUGAUGAACACUGACGAUGCCCACCAAGCAAUAUGUACUGCAUUUGCAAAUUUGGGUCAGUGCUUCACGGGAGAUAUGACAGAAGAAGCAGCGGCAGAAGUGUGGCCCUACUAUGGUACCUCCUCCAAUGUUACAUGGGGGCUUGUCAGAGAGUUGUGUUGGUCUAAUGAACAGGCUGCCAACAUGGCGAGGAGCCAGAUGGGAGCAAUGUACAACUACAUGCCGGACAGAAAAAUGAACGACAUGCAAAAAGAAGGGCCGACAUGUGACAUCCAAAAUGCUGCCAAGAUCUUGAGUUCUUACUCUGUGGUUGUCAUGUUCAGCAGUCUUUUGUCUGCUGAGGACAAGAAUGACUUCUGUGACGCGUAUGUAUAA